AUGGCCUCCACAGUCCCUCACACCCGAGUAGUCAUCAGCUCCCACUCCCCAUCAACCAACAAGUCAACAUUCACAUCAGACAGCCUAGUCCCACCAUUCCACCCAUUCGGACCUCAAGUCUCCGCCCUAACGACCUUACAUUCCCUCCCCAGCGUACCGACAUCAAAUCUCCUUCCCAUCUCAGAUACGUCCAACACCCUCCCGAAAUGUCCACCAGCAGGCGUGUUAUGCAGCGUGGUAGAUUUCGCUCCAGCCGCAAAGGCGCCUAUGCAUAGGACCUUGAGUCUGGAUUAUAUUGUCAUCAUGACGGGCGAGAUUGUAGCCGUGCUGGAUGGUGGGGAGGGUGAGGAGCGGGUGUUGAAAGUUGGGGAUGUGAUGAUUCAGAGGGGGACGAACCAUAGCUGGGAGAAUAGGUCGACAGAGUGGUGCAAGAUGAUGGUUGUCAUGGUCGGCGCUGAGCCAUUGAAAGACGGAGAGGGGAAUGUGCUGGAGGAUACGCAAUUUGGCUCGAGGAAGUGA